CGGUGAAGAUCUCUGGAGACCAUGACCAAGAAAAGAAUUGCUGUGAUUGGGGGAGGAGUGAGUGGGCUCACGUCUAUCAAGUGCUGCCUGGAAGAAGGCUUGGAGCCCGUCUGCUUUGAAGGGACUGAUGACAUCGGAGGGCUGUGGAGGUUUCAGGAAGAACCUGAAGAAGGAAGGGCCAGUAUUUACAAGUCAGUGAUCAUCAAUACUUCUAAGGAGAUGAUGUGCUUCAGUGACUAUCCCAUCCCAGAUCACUAUCCUAACUUCAUGCACAACUCCCAGGUCCUGGAGUAUUUCAGGAUGUAUGCCAAAGAAUUUGACCUUCUAAAGUACAUUCGAUUUAAGACCACCGUGUGCUGUGUGAAGAAGCAGCCUGAUUUCUCCACUUCAGGCCAAUGGGAGGUGGUCACGGAAUCUGAAGGGAAAAAGGAGGUGAAUGUCUUCGAUGGAGUUAUGGUUUGCACUGGCCAUCACACCAAUGCUCACUUACCCUUGGAAAGCUUCCCUGGAAUUGAGAAGUUCAAAGGACAGUACUUCCAUAGUCGAGAUUAUAAGAAUCCAGAGAGUUUCACUGGAAAGAGAGUCAUUAUAAUUGGCCUUGGGAAUUCUGGAAGCGAUCUGGCUGUGGAAAUUAGCCACACAGCCAAGCAGGUUUUCCUCAGCACCAGAAGAGGGGCUUGGAUCUUCAAUCGUGUCGGAGACUAUGGAUAUCCUUUUGAUGUGUUGUUGACUUCCCGAUUUCAAUAUUUUAUGAGGAAGAUUUGUGGUCAGUCAUUAGCAAAUACAUUUUUGGAAAAAAAGAUGAACCAAAGGUUUGAUCAUGAAAUGUUUGGCCUGAAGCCUAAACACAGAGCUCUGAGUCAGCAACCAACCAUAAAUGAUGAUCUGCCAAACUGUAUCAUUUCUGGCUUGGUGAAGGUGAAAACAAAUGUGAAGGAAUUCACAGAGACAGCGGCCAUAUUUGAGGAUGGCUCCAGGGAGGAUGACAUUGAUGCUGUUAUCUUUGCUACAGGCUAUAGCUUUGCCUUUCCUUUUGUUGAAGAUUGUGUCAAAGUAGUCAAAAACAAGAUAUCUCUGUAUAAAAAGGUCUUCCCUCCUAACCUAGAAAAGCCAACUCUUGCAAUCAUAGGCUUGAUCCAGCCCUUGGGUGCCAUUAUGCCCAUUUCAGAGCUCCAAGGACGCUGGGUCACUCAAGUAUUUAAAGGGUUAAAGACAUUGCCUUCACAAAAUGAAAUGAUAAAAGAAAUAGCUAAGGUUCAAAAGGAUAUGGCCAAAAGGUAUGUGGACAGCCAACGCCAUACCAUUCAGGGAGACUAUAUAGAUACCAUGGAUGAGCUUGCUGAUCUGGUGGGCGUCAGGCCCAAUCUGCUGUCCCUGGCCUUCACUGACCCCAAAUUGGCAUUACGGUUAUUUUGGGGACCCUGUACUCCAAUCCAGUAUCGGCUACAGGGCCCUGGAAAGUGGGAUGGAGCUCGAAAAGCUAUCCUCACCACAGAAGAUCGUAUCAGGAAGCCGCUAAUGACAAGAGUAAUUGAAAGCAAUAAUUCCACAACUUCAACAAUAACAAUGGCCAGGUUUAUGCUGGCUGUGGCUUUCUUUGCUAUAAUUAUGACCUAUUUUUAG